UGUGUGGUUCCCGAGCAUGCCAGGACUGAGAGGGUCUGAGGCUCUCGACUCUGGGGCAUGGGGUCCGAGGGGCGGCGACGCGGCCUCCUGACAGCCGGUGUCUAGGGACCCGGCCGGCCGGGGCCUCCGGAGUCCGGGGCAGCCUCCGGGGCGUCCACAUCUCCGCCUGCGGGCCGGGAGGGGCUGCCCCCAGCGCCGGGCCUGGGCAGCGGAGCACCCGAUACAGGAGACAGGGUGGGAGGCUUUCCUGUGCCGCAGCUGCUGGGAAGCGCCGCGCUCCGCUGAAAGCUGCCUGGACCUGGCGCGUGAGCCUGUGGCUGGCUUGUCUGGUUUUACCUCUGGUCCCGGUGCUGCGUGUGGUUUUCUAGCCAGUCUGUUUGCUAAGAGCCGGGUUCUGUUUGGACAAGUCAGUAAGCCUAAGUAUAUCUCCAUGAAUAACUUAAAUGAUCCUCCAAAUUGGAAUAUCCGGCCUGAUUCCAGGGCUGACGGGGGUGGUGGAAGCAGGUGGAAUUAUGCCCUGUUGGUGCCAAUGCUGGGAUUAGCAGCUUUCCGUUGGAUUUGGUCCAGAGAGUCCCAAAAAGAAAUAGAAAAAGAGAGAGAAGCGUAUCGUCAGAGAACAGUUGCCUUCCAGCGGGAUCUCGAAGCCAAGUACCACGCUGUGAUCUCAGAAAAUCGGCGAGCUCUUGCUCAGCUGACUCUGGAGCUCGAAAAGCAGCAAAACAGAGCAACCAGUUACCGAGAAGCCCUUAUCGCUCAGGGGCGGAAGCUGGUGGAAGAAAGGAAGGUUCUGGAGCGGGAACGGGCUCAGGUCAUGCAAGAAAGAAGCCGAGUGCAGCCUCUGAGAAGCGCGUACCUGAGCCGCCUGGAGGAGGAGGAGGACUGGCAGAGGAAAGCGCGGCGCGUGCUGCAGGAGGUGGGAGAGGCUCUUGCAGAGAGGCAGAACAUCUACUGCAGCCUGGUCGCCCCCCGUGGCGCGCGGCUGGAGCUGGAGAAGAACUUACUGGUGCGCGCAGCCGUUGACCCAGUGGCUGUUGACCUGGACAUGGCCGCUGGCCUGACCGACAUAUUCAGGCACGACACCCACUGCGGUGGCUUCUGGAACAGCGACAGGCGCCGGAACGGGAGGCUGCUGUGGCUCUACCUGCAGUACUGGGAGCUGGUCGUGGAGCUGCAGAAGUUCAAGAGGGUGGAGAAGGCCCUGCUGGAGCAGUGAGGCCGAGCCUCAGGGCCACUGCAGCCUCCUGCGCUCCGCUGCCUCCGCCUGCCUCCCGUAUCCGGUCACGGGCACCGCCCUGGAUGGCACUGCACCCUGCCACCCCCAGCAGCAGCCAGUGUGCGGCACCUGAAGGCUUCCCUCUGACGCGCCGGGCUGUGAAGGGCGGCCCUGCUCAGAAGCAUUUGUGAGCUGCUCAUACUUAGCACAACAGCAUGAUGUCGUUUUUUAGCUCGAGGGUAGGAAUUGUUUUUAAAAGGUCAAAUAUAAUAUUGAUCCUCACCAGAA